AUGGCACUUAAUGACCCGGCUCUGGAGAUCUUCCACCAGGCCCAGCAGUCUUUCCGCAGCCACUUGAACGAUCCCAAUCUUUAUAACGAGAUCCUCGCCUCAAAUAGCAUCGACGAAGUCUACAAUUUGACUGCGAAGCUUCAAGAAGAGGCUGCAGGCAAGGCAGGCCUCCGAAAUCUCGCCCGAAUUAGACCCUUCCUCGAGCGCCUAUCGUCAUAUAGUGCAGUCAUCGAAGUCUUACUCCAAGUCAAGCCAGAACUCGCGCUAAUCUGGGGCCCGAUCAAGCUGCUUUUGCAGUUGUCCAGUCAGCUGACCAGCGCCUUUGACCGGGUGGCAGACACAAUGGUGAAGGUCGGCUACGCUCUUCCUCAGUUCGCCAUGGCAUUGAGCGUUUUUGAGUGGAGUGACGCCAUCCGGGCCGCAAUGGCCUUGUUCUACGGGGAUCUCCUGGAAUUUUACCGUGUGAACCUGGACUUUUUCCGGAAGCGGCGUUGGAAACAAAUGUUUGAGGCAAUCUGGCCUAGCUACCAGAAGAAACUCGAUGUGGUAGUGAGUAAUAUCGAGUUGCAUGCGACCCUGAUUAGGAACGAGGUCACGCUUCUUGACGUUAGUGAAGCUCAAAAGGCUCGCGUGAAAUCGCUGGAGCAGUUCUCAGAGAUGCAAACAUCACAUAGCCGGCAGAGGUUUACUGGUCUGAAAGGUCAGGUCGCACCCUUCUUAUUUGAUGACAGGUUAGAUUGGAUCCGGAACCGAUCAGUCGCCGGCUGUGCUAAGUGGCUCUUCCGGGACGCUGCAUUCUCUGAGUGGUUUGAUGUUUCAACGCAGGCACCUCAGUACCUUUGGCUGCAAGGCAUGCCAGGGGCGGGGAAAACAUAUCUGUGCGCUGCAGCUGUGGGUCGUUCCCGUGAGCGUCACCGGGUUCUGUUCGCAUUGGUGAGUCACGCAGCGAAAAAGACUACAACUGCGCUAGGGGUCCUCCAGUCCAUGAUAUUCCAGGCUGCAGAGGAGGAUCGAGACUUGCAGGCUAUAUUGGUGGAGGCUAAGGAACGCGAACUGCGCGGGAACACGCUGUACGUGACCGAGCUUCUAAAGGCCUAUUUGAAAACAGCAAGUCAAACGUAUAUCAUGAUCGAUGGCUUGGAUGAAAUGGAUGAGCAUGAGAGACAGGUCCUACUAGAGCGAUUGGAAGAGAUAGCGAAGGAAUGUCGCGACUUGCGGAUUCUGAUCAGCUGUCGUCCAGAAGGUGAUAUCUCACGGAAACUCGAGAAGAAUGCUUUCGCAAUCAAGGUGAAUGAUCGGAACGCGGGAAGCAUUCAGCACUACGUUGACCACCGAGCCCACGACUGGAUCAAUAGUUUGGGUUGUAGUCCCUCCAUGGAAACUGAAUUGCGUGGCCUUUUGUCUCCGUUGGCCGCUAAAGCUGCAGGCAUGUUCCUAUAUGCGAGAAUUGUGCUGGACAAUUUACAAGGCAUAGUCAGCCUUGAUGACAUUCGCCGCGAACUCAAAGCUCUUCCCGAGGAUCUGAACGAUGCAUAUCACCGCAUUUUGCAAAGAAUAAGUGACCUUCCUACACGAAAACGUGAGCGAAGUAGGAAGAUAUUGGGCUGGAUUGGAUGUGCGCCUAUUCCGUUGACCGUUUGGGAGAUGGAACAGGCUUUAUCUGUUGAGCCCGAUGAAAAUGGCCGAAUGACCAGUGCAGUCACCCCUGAUCUUCUCAGUGUUGAUUUUGUUCAACUUUGUGGUCCAAUCAUUGAAGUUGCUGAUGGAAAACUGCAGUUUGUUCAUUUCACAGUCGAGGUAUACCUAUUCAGUCCAAGUAUUUCGCACUAUAUAGAUAAGCACGUCGCUACUAUCGACUUGCUAAAUAGUUUGAUGGCCUAUCUCACGUCCGGAAUUGUCGACCUCGACGGAGAUGAGGGGGAUAUUCAAGAACAGAUACGGCACGGCCGCUUUCGACUUUUCGAUUAUGCGAGCUUCUACUGGCCGGUUCUUCUUCACGAUAUCAUCUCAGUCAAGCGAGAAAAGACUGAUAUUCAAAGGGACAAGUUGUUGGGUCGUUUGCUGGAGAGAGUCUCCCGGAAACUCCAGAAUUUCGAUUUUGUCACAAAGGAACCUCUGCAGGGACUUAAGGUGGAUCAGAAGUGGUCUCGCGUGAAUGAUGAAGACUUAGAUUCGAACGCUAUUUUAUGUGGAGCCAAAACGUUUCACUCGGAUGAGAGACGAUGGGGCUGGAACAUGAAAAAUAACGAGUCGUGGAUAAACAAAGAUCCAUUAAUCACGUCACAAAUGUUGAUUCGGCUGCGGGAGCAGCACGAGAUCCUAUUGUCUAUGCCAGACUGCUGUCCAGACUUGGAACGGCAAUACGGUCCUCAGCUCUUCCGAUGCACGUACGUGUUCUGUACGCGAAGCCGACGUGGCUUUUACUCAGCCGACGAACGCGAUCAACAUAUUGAGAACCACGGCCGGCCAUUGAAAUGCGUCGUUCCGAGCUGCGAGUUCUCCAGCAUUGGCUUCGAUUCGGAAGCCAGCCGACAAAGGCACUGGAAAAAACACCAUAUCUCCGCCGCACGCGAGACUCAGGCGGCCGCGGGAGCCGCGGCAGGGGGUGGAGGCAACUUUGACGCCCUUGAUCCCGAAGAAGCCCAGCCCUUGCUCUUUGUCCUGCUUGCUGAAGGGAACAUUGACCUUGUACGGCGUCUGCUCUGCUCUCAGGCUGGGAUGAAGCUGAAGCCGGAGGUCAUCGCGCAUGCUAGGCUUAUGGCUGCUGAACAGGGGUCGCUAGCUCUCACCGAGCUCCUAGCACCGGUGAUAGCGGAGACAAAAGUACCCUUCAAGGUCUUGGCCGCUGCGGUGGCUAGCGAAGAUGCAGACUUUUCCGAAUGGGCAUAUAAUAACCUUUCACUAGCAGACUGGCCCAAUAUGAUGAAGGUGGUCAUAAAAGUGAGGCGAGAGGAUAUCUUUACUCGAUGGGAAAGGUACAUACAAAGGGAAGUUGAUAAGCUACGCAUCAGACCACACCAUAGUGACUAUCUGUUUACCUCGCUCCUUAGACAAUCUUUGUUUACGGAGGUCCAGGGCAAUGGGCUGAAAGAGACCAGAAUAAAGUGCCUCCUGACGCGAUUCCGGCGAUAUAUGUCCUGGGAUAUUUUAGGCACAUUGCUGCUUCGAGUGGCCCGAUCAAGCUGCUCAGUUGCUUUGGCGGAGCAUUUGCUUCGGCUUGAGGCGCCGAUCAACUUCUGUUCUUCUUCAGGACGCGCAAACGGUCAAACACCGCUCUAUGUGGCUUCGAAGAAGACCUCCGUAGAAGCAGCCUUCUUCAUGAAAUGUCUUAUCCUCAACGGUGCAGAUACUGUCGUAUCAAUCAAUAAUACAGAAACGCUUAUCAGCGAAGAGAAGGGCGCCGCACAGAUAGCUGAAAAGGUGGGCUUCACGUGGAGUGAUUUAGAGCAAAUGUAUAAAAAUAGGGCGAAGUAUAUUUAG